AUGACGGAGGAUUCUCUCUCUGCGAAGAACUCGCCGGCGGCGACCGCUCGGUCACCGGAAGACGAAGAUCUACUCCAACGUAACACUAAGAAAAUGAAACGACCAAGGGAUUCAACGGAGAAAUCAAACCAGGUUCAACCAGCAGAAAUCGGGCAAGAAACAACUACGUUUGCCGGUCUCAAAUCUCCGGAUUCCACUCGAUGGCAAACUCCAGUCGAAACACCCAACACAGCCUGGGGCAGAAAGAAUGUCGAGGAUCCGUUUGAUAAGGAAACGGCUUCUGACGACGAAAUUAUGGGCGAUGAAAGAGCGGACCCGAAUUGUCCGAUAAUCCGAGUAACAAAGGAAGAGAAAGAGAGGCUGCGCCGGCCAUGGCGACGGACGCUCAUCAUCAAAUUGCUAGGAAGAAAGGUGAGUUACUCGUUCUUGAUUAAUAGAUUGCAGAGGAUGUGGAAGCCAGAAGCAGGCUUCGACCUAAUCGCCCUCGACCAAGACUUCUAUCUGGCAAAAUUCGAAUCCCUACGGGAUUACGAAUUCGCAAAAUAUGAUGGACCGUGGAUUAUACUGGGCCAUUAUCUUACCGUACAAGAAUGGGUUCCCAAUUUCAUACCCUGGAAGAACAAAUUAGACAAACUCCUAGUCUGGAUCAGAUUUCCCUCACUGCCGAUUGAGUAUUUUGAGGAGGAGUUCUUGAUGAAAAUAGGCAGAGAAGUCGGUCGCCCAGUAAAGGUCGACUACACAACAAGCUUAGUUUCAAAAGGGAAAUUCGGUAGGAUUUGUGUUGAGUUGGAUAUGACCAAACCAUUACUAUCAAAAUUCACGUUAGCUGAAGAAGUAUGGCCUAUUGAAUAUGAGGGGAUCCACAUGGUUUGUUUCAAAUGUGGCAUCUAUAGCCACAAACAAGGGCAGUGCGGAGGCGAAGGUAGUAAGGAUGAGGAGAUCGGAGAUCAACAGCUACUCGAAGAAGCCCAGGCUGAAGGACAAUAG